AUGGCGGACCCGAAUCAGGCGGGACCACCACAUUACGGUUUCUCUAUCCGGCCGCGGACCUCACCCUCUCCGCGCAACCCCAGGAUCUCCACGCACUCCAGCGAUGCGGACGAAAUCGAUCGCAUGCUUGCGAAGUAUGGCCAUAAGAUCUGGGGUUUCGUGAUUUAUCGAUCGACCUACGCCAGUGAUAGCGACUGGACCGAAUGUCUGCGUACUUUCCAAAGUGAGCUGAAGUUCGAUCUGGAGUUCUUGGGCGGGCUGGACAUUCUUGACAGUAAUCCUUUCACGAUUUUUGAAGACCGUAACCUCUUCGACGGAGCUUCCGCAGCUGUUGUGCGGGAUCAUUUCAACGCCUGGGCAUUAGCGGCACCAGAGCGUGAGCAAGGCACUGGCGCCGGCGGGUGGGGUGGAUCGCCGCGCUAUAAUUUCUGCGUUCAAAUUGACGAGCGGUGUCUUCGCAGCAUUCUCGAUGGCAACCAUGGUGGAGCGCAGAGCGAGGGAUUCAUCAAGCUUAUCAGGGGAAGCUGGCAAUCAGACCCUCGAGCUGAUCGGUUGCGUGCCUCGGAUCCUGUACAAAACUUGCCGGCAUACGACGAUAUCGAAGGAUGUACCGCGUACGAUAUCGGGUGGGCCAAGAUCAGGCAAGAGAAGUACCUGGCCUUCUUUUGCGCCCUGCAGAACCAGAAUUUUUGGCAGUCCAGCUACAAGCGGCCUCCGCUCGUCAGCUCGACCGACGCCAUUUGA